AUGCGCAGUGAAGAUGAGAACUACCCGCUACUUACGGGCCUUUACCCUGCUACCGGGCCGAGGCGUAACCCUAAGUCUCGCUGGGAGCGGUUUCGCGAACCUUCACCAGCGUGGAUUAUCUGUACCUUCGCUAUUUACCAGUUCGUAUUUGGAAUCUUGACCGUUCCUGAACUUAACGCCACCCUUGCCCUUAUAUGUCACCAGAAGUACCCAGAACGCCGAGCCCCGCGAGAUGAACACACCAACCCAGAUCUGUAUACCGAGCUGGGACGAUGCUUAGGGAAUAAAUAUGCACAGGCGGAUCAAUCCAAGUUCUUCGUAUACAACCAAGUCAUCAGCGGUAUUCUUGGCGCCAUUUCGACCCCGUUUCUAGGCUCAUUAUCCGACCUCAUCGGGCGCAGGCGAAUCAUGGCGUUGGCCGUACUAGGGCCACUGUUCUCCCAGUGUUUGACUCUCUUCGUGAUGAGACACGCCGAUACAGUGGAUAUGAACUGGCUGUUAGUCGGCUAUGCUGUUGAUGGCCUCUCAGGAUCAAUGAUAGUCGCCAUGUCCACUUCAUCGGCAUAUAUAACCGAUAUCGCGCACCAUACUGACCGACCCAGACUUUUCAGCUACUUAUAUGCAUCCAUGUCAUUUUCCGGGGCGAUGGGGCCUUUGGUUUCUGGCUUCCUCCUCAAGACGCAAAACCCCCUUGACAAAAUCUAUCGAAUCACCAUUUGUGCUAAUACAUUCAUGGCCAUGGUCUUCCUGCACAUCCUGCCCGAAUCCCGCUGGUCGCAGCUGGUAGGAGAGGACAAGCCUAUAGGCAGUGACACUGAUGAGUCCGAUACGAGUUCCGUCCAUGGUCUACUCCAAUCGCUCCAAUCUCUCUGGACAUCGAGUGCGUCCCGAAAAGCGAAUAUGGUCAUAUUGGCCAUACUAGGCUUUUUCGUCAUUGGUUUUAUGAUGAGUUUAAUGCCUCUGCAAUUGAGAUUUGGCGCAUUCUGGUUCAACUGGCAGCCAACCACGCAGAGUUUCUUCAUGGCGCUACUCUUUUCGUGGAGCAUCUUUGUGCUUGUUGUCAUCUUCCCCACUGCCAUGUCCCUAGCUCACCGAUGGGGAAUGCGCAGGGGCAUCACUAAUAUCUCAGCUGUUUUCAACAUCGGGGAACUAGGUGCUAUCCAAGUGAGUUUGCUGCUGCAAGUCAUAGGCACUAUGGGCAUGGCAUUGGCUCGGAGUCCGACCUCCUAUGUGAUAACUUCACUCAUUGCGGUUUCCGCUUCGCCUCUUGCUCCUCUUCUUACGUCUUGUCUCACGGCACAUGCGCCUCGUCAUCAGUCUGGUCAGAUACUUGGUGGAUUGAGCUUUUUGAAUGCCAUUGGGCGGAUAAGUAUUCCUGCUGCGUUAAAUGCUACGUAUAGUUUGACGAUUGGGAUAUAUCCUGUUCCGUUGUUUGCGAUAGUGGCGGGCGCUUAUGCUUGUCUAUUUAUUUUGAGCUUUUUCUUGAAGCAGCAUACAUUGUGA